ACCUGUUUUAGGAAAUCGUAAUGCUUUAAGAAAAUCUUCGGAUUCUAGGUCACCCAGUAUGCCGUCCCAAUGUAUGUUCCUAUGAUUGAACUAACCCAUUAUAUACAUGUAUAUUGAUGGCCGCUAAGAUACUCUGGGGCCCUCCAUGGCCUUCCAGGUCCAGGAGCUAUGCACGGGCAUCAUUCCAUCUCUUAGGCCCUGGAUCUAUAGUAGGAGAGAAUACAUGAACUGACCUUCCCUCAACCCCUGACAGGAUAGAGUAAGCCACGUAAGGGUGACGAAUAUAGUUCACAGGAGGUGUAAACAUGACGCUGCGUAAUGGACUUCUUGUCGCACAGGAAAGAUGGAUACAAAUGCUCCUGAACCAGCCACAGAGGAAGGGUUCAAGGACGACCCCCGCGAGGCUCAGAAGGACCAUGACGAUCCGCUGGCGGGGGCGACGACCUUCGAGGACCUGAUGAAGGUGGUGGGCCCUUACGGCCGCUGGACGAUCAUGGUGGUGUUCGUCUGUGCCGUCGGCAACGUGCCCUCGCCAUCAUGCUCCAUGACGUACGAAAUGGUGGGCGCCACUCCCGACCACUGGUGUAGCGUGGCGCCGCUGCUCCGUGCCAACUGGACCCAGCACCAGAUAACAUCCUUCGCCAUCCCCACCAGGAGCGACACAGGACGGCUGGACGGCUGCGUCAUGAGGGACUACAAUUACGAGGCCGCGGCGGCGCUGGGCUACGAGGGCGCCAUGGCCAAAGCAUCGCUGCUGCUGGUCUCCAACGACACACUCGCCUGUCCAUCCCGGAGCUUUAACCACUCACAACAUCCAGACACCUUCGUCACCGAGGUGGACUUGGGAUGCGUUUGGUUGUUGUUGACUCACUCACGCUGGACAUGAUUUGUUGGCUGUUUUCUGGUAUUCUUCCCUAG